AUGUAUAUACCCAUGAGAAAGAAAUGUAAACUUAAUCACUUCAGUUCUUUUACAGGGGGUGCUCAACGGGUGAUCAUCAUUCCAACUGUUGGAGAUACUCAGCUGGGAACUGAUAAGCUUUUCUUCUGUAGAGCUGCUAAUGAUGAAGAAGCCAUCUUUAAGUGGAUAAAACCAGAUGGAGAGGAAGUAAGAGAAGGUACAGAUGAACACUUUGAGACAAGCAUCAUUGAUGAAACAACAAGCAGCCUUGUGAUUAGAUCAGCAAGGGAAGAUUAUGAAGGACAAUAUCGAUGUGAAGCUGACUUUGGGGAUGGAGAGAGUGACAAUGCUACUAUCUUCGUUAACAUUAUUCAAAGACCAACAUUCUCCAAUAUAAUACCAUAUCAAGAAUUUCUUGAGGGGUCAACUGCUGUUCUGUCAUGUGACGUGGAAGGAAUUCCUCUACCUGUUGUCACCUGGCUAUACCAGGGUCGAGAUGUCUCCUUAAAUAGAGAUGAUCGCUUCUCUUUGCUUCCAAACCACUACCUCAAAAUCCAGUCCAUUCAUAGAUCUGAUGGCGGAACCUAUAGAUGUGAAGCUAGAAUUCCAGACAGGAAUGAAGUGGAGUUUAGGGACAUAUCUGUAGUGGUUAAUUAUCCAGCAACUGCUCAUUUCAGAAAGAUGCUGAAAAAUGUGACUGCAGGACUCAAAGAGAUUUCAUUAGCGUGCCUCCUUAUGGGACACCCACAACCAAAAGUAACUUGGAAAAGAAAUGGAGAAGAACUAAGAGCUUUGAGUGGAAAAAGAAAGUUUAAUUCUGAUAGAACAGAAUUAACAGUUUUUAGUCUCGACCAAUCAGAUGAAGGCGAAUACACUUGUAAAGCUGAAAACCAGUUUGGACAAGCUGAAGCCAAGCUGAAUCUCACUGUUUGUGAUGGAAACUAUAGACAUACACCAACUUAUUUUGUCCAUGAAAGUGAAGCGGCAAUUCAAACAGCUGAAGGAUCAGUCAUGUUGCAGGAGGUGUUUAAUUUAAGGACAGAAGUGAGAAUAUUAAGAAAUGACUUCCAAAAACAGAUGCAGGAAUUAAGAAACAGUUUGGCUAAAGUGAAGGAAAUUUUUGAGAGGUCACACACUGUUAAGGUAUCUCCAACACCUGAUUAUUCUUUUGAAGCAAACCUCUUCAGUCACUUGCCCAAGUCAGAAAGUGUAUUGCCAGGAGCUAUGUCUCCCACUGUUUCUCAUCUUCUGAGUGCAUCUCCAUCACCUGCUUUUCUUACAGCUGUGAGUACCGAAACAACAGGUUUAAGGAGAAGGAAGAAAAGGGAAUUUUCCAGAACACUGUCUGUAUCUCCAGCAGUUGACCAACCGUGAUCUUUGCAGAUGAGUAUCACAACUAGCCGAAGGAAUCAUUGUGUGGAAAUUGUGAAAACCAUUUAUUAAAUGGUAUGCACUAAUAAAAUGGCUUUUUAAUAUUAAUAUAUAUAUAAGUGGUAAUACAAUAUUUUCAAAACACUGCAUUUUCAUGCAUGCAUGUGCCCUAACAAACCUUACAAUGUAAUCAGUCAAUUUUAUUUAAAAUAUAAGCAUUUGUAUUGAUUUACAUCAUUAAGUAACAAAACUGUAUGUGAUGAAUGGACUAUGGGCAAAGGGCAUGUCAUUAAUUCGUUGAAGUUAAUCUAAUUAUUAAUGCUUAGUCAAUGCUUAAGUUUAUUUUUAAACAA